UCGUAUUUCUUGCGUGGAAAAACACCACAAUGGAUGAAAAUCGUCGAAAAAGGCGUAGAAAUGGUGAAGGAACACAUAAAACAGAGCAAAAAAAGAAGAAAAUCAGGGGUGAAAGCUACUUGACGUGUAAAAAUGACCUUAUCCCACCAAAAUUACCUCCAUCAUCUGAGGUGACAUGCAAUUGUUUUUAUGACUGCAAAAAGAUAUCGUCAGAGUUUAAACUUGAUCAAAAGAUAUCGUCAGAGUUUAAACUUGAUCAAAAGAUAUAGUCAGAGUUUAAACUUGAUCUUUUCAACAAAUAUUAUCAACUUGACGAUAGUGGUCAAGGUACAUACAUACAUACUGUCAUUAUUAAGUAUAAGACCAGCUAAAAACCACAAAAAUAAUGGCGUUGAGGUAAGAGACACGGUCUAUUAUAAUAAUUCUGAUGGUUCAGGAUCAUUGGUGAGAACAUGUAAGAAAACUUUCAUGGAAAUAUUUGCACUUGGUCGAAAAAAAUUAGCAACCAUUAUAUCUAAGAAAAAGAAAGGAUUUGUCAUUUACAAAGAUGAAAGAAAUAGUCAUAAGGAAAAAAAAUACACUGAAUUGCAUGAAAACAUGGUGGUUAUGCACAUUAUGAUGUUGCCGAAGGAGGUAAGCCACUACACUAGACACCACAGCACUAAAGAGUAUUUAAGUCCUGAAUUAAAUUACCACAGGCUAUGUAAAGCAUAUAAUGAGCUUCACCCAGAUGUGCCGGUAUCUUAUAAGUAUUACAACUCUGUCUUUCUUAAAAGUUUCCCAAAUCUUUCCUUCAAACAACCUCGAACUGACACUUGUAAGAUAUGUGAUAAAUUGAACUGCCUUGCCAAAGCAAAACAAAGACAAGCUAUUCUGGAGCUACAAAUCCAUCAUAGAAAGGCUGAAGUCGCUACAAGUGCAAUGACCAGUGAUAUAGCAGAUUCACAAUUACCAGGUAGCAAUCUUCAUAUCAUAUCUAUUGAUAUGCAACAAGUCAUGUUUGUACCCUCUCUAGUACACAGUGAAAUGUUUUACAGAAGGCAACUGUCUUGUUGUAAUUUUUGUGUACACCUGAAUGAUAAUGCUCAAUCGUUUAUGUUCAUGUGGAAUGAGAGUAUGGGAGGAAGAGGAGGAAAUGAAAUUGCUUCAUGCAUUCUGAAUUUUAUUAAUAGUGUUGAAUUGUCACCAAAAUAAAUACAGAAAAUUUGGAGUGACAACUGUGCCGGGCAAAAUAAAAACAGGAUGGUGCUGUUUAUUUUGAUACUGCUUGUUGCUUUGGGUCAUUAUAAAGAAAUUAAUCUUAAGUUUUUGGUAUCUGGUCACUCAUUUUUGCCUUGUGAUAGGGACUUUGGGGUUAUAGAAAAACGUAAGAAACCGUGUAAGUCAUAUGUGCCAGAAGAUUUACAAAAUAUGGUGUCAACAGCUAGAACAAAUCCACCAUAUUUCAAGGUUGUUCCAAUGGAACAGUUAUUUUUUUGAUAUUGAAAAGCUGCUGACAACAUAAUCAAUACAAAAAAAAAACAUUUCCAAAGCUGUAUGGUUAAAAAUUUAUUAUAAAGAUCCUGGUAUGGUGUAUAUGAAAGAGACCUUUUCAGAAAUAAUAAUAAUUAAUGCUGUUAAAAUAUGGAAAAAAGGAAAGGAAGUAAAUGAUUUGUUAAAUUUAAACUUGGAAGUUUCUAAUAGGGUAAAUAUUAUACAAAAAGAGAAAAUGGCUGACUUAUAAGCUAUGAUAGACUAUUUAGAAAAGGAAGAACACAAAAAGUACUAUAAGAAUUUGUGUAAGUAAAUAUAACUAUAGAUACAAAUAAAUAUGUAUACAAAUAACACCAUUGCAAGCUUAAGAAGUAUGACAGUUAGCACCUUUCUAUUGAAAUAGGCUAACUCUUAACACUUUUCUUAUUAUUUUGUGUUUAAAGUGAUAUAAAUAGAAUAUUAUAAGUGACAUACUGUUUUUGUUAAGAUAUAAAUAUAGAAAUAUGAACACUGAAUAGAAUUUAAGACAAUACUUUAUAGCUUUGGAGUAUUUUUUUCUGAAUAAACAGUUUUUUGUAAUUUACUUUGUUUUGUCUCAAUCACUUAGCCCCUUUGUUAUUUCCAGCCCUCAAUUAUUAAUCCCUAAAUAUUCUAAACUAAAUAAAU